AUGGACGCAUCUGAUCUUGCAGUUGAAGCAGCAGAUUGUGAUGAGCCCUCAUGUACUUUGCUGCCUAAUCCUUCACCAAGCGAUUUGGAUCCAAUCGCGACAAUAUUCGACCAUGGCGAUGACGAGACAGCUAUCAAUCACGAAUUAAAAUCCCCUCGCCAAGGCAGAAUUCAUGUUUGCAAUGAGGACGAGGAAAAUAUAUCUGGGAUUCCUGAGAAGCAUAAUAAGCUUGAAAAUUGCGGCUCGUAUACAGCGCCGAUAAUCAACCGAUGGAUCACGGUUUUAACCUGGUUUACGCCUUACAGGCAGUUGUUUUUCUUGAUUUUUUGUUUGAAUAUCACCGGCGUAGUCUUGGCUUUUUCAAACUCGUGGGCGUGGGCAAAAAGGCAGGCAACACCCUUAGUAGUGGGUAAUAUCUUGGUAGCCAUUGCAAUACGCAGCGAAUGGGUUCUUCGCUUUCUCUAUUGGGUGGCUAUCAAAACAUUCCGUCCAAGUCUAUUUCCCCUGUGGCUUCGAGUGAAAGUUGUUGGAAUUCUUUAUCACGUUGGUGGUCUGCAUAGCGGGUGCGGUAUUUCUGCCUUGCUUUGGCUUUCUGUAGCUUCCAGCAACCAGUUCCAAGAAGCAAAUCGACACCAUACCAUCCCCUUGGUUGCCCUUGGUAUCUGUUUGGCCUGCAUUACCAUCACUUGCUUUUCAGCUUUUCCUUUCAUACGCGGGCGCCAUCACAAUUUUUUUGAGAUCAUGCACCGUUUCGUAGGCUGGGCUGGAAUCGUAUCAACCAUAGUAUUUGUCAUUUUGGACUCUCUGUGGGAUGUUGUGGAACAGCGUUGGGAUUCGAGGGCCUCUAGGCUAAUAACAAAACCAGCACUUUGGUUUCUAACCGCAAUUGUUGCCGUAAUCAUUUUUUCCUGGAUCACAAUUUCAAAAGUUCCGGUAACGGUUUUCACAAGCUCAGACAAAGCAUCUGUCAUGCGAGUGCCCGGAGGUUUGACGUCUGGGUUACACACACGGAUAUCAGUGGGUGGUUUGCGUGAAUGGCAUAUUUUUGGAUCAAUCAGCGAGGGGAAACAUGCCGACUGCCAUUACAUUGUAGCGGCUGUGCAAGGAGAAUUCACCAAGAUGCUGAACGUUGACAAGCCAGUUACGCUAUAUACCAAACGUUGGAAGCCAUGCGGUCUGCCUUACUUCUCUAGACUUUUCAAACGUGGACUUGCCAUUUGUACAGGCUCUGGGAUCGGAGCAGUUGCGUCUACAUGCAUCCAGCAUGAUUCUUGGUUCCUGAUAUGGAUUGGUCCCAAUUUGCAAACCACGUACGGCAACGAAAUCACGCAACUAAUCAAUGAGAGAAUCCCAGAGAAUCGAAGAUUAAUAUGGGAUACCCGGGGGCCAUUAGGUCGCCCGGACAUUGUACGGCUCCUACGAGACAUGCAUCGGUAUUGGGACGCUGAAGGUGUGAUGCUUAGUGUCAAUUUGCUUUGUUUAUUCAAUAAAUUGCUCACAACACUCUCUUUACAAAAUUUUGGCAUGGUCCUGCUACCAGUAACCUUGUUUGUCGGCAGCCCAGAGAUGAACAACAACGUUCUCCAGAGUUGCCGAGUCCUCAAUAUACCCGUCUUUGGUUCUAUCUGGGAUGCAUGA